AUGGCUGAAACCCUUGUUACGCGCAAACGGACCAUUCAAAGUAGAACAAAGGUGAAAACCGGAUGUACAACCUGCAGAAUACGAAAGGUCAAAUGCGACGAGGGCAAGCCAUCCUGCCUGAAAUGUGUCAACACUGGCCGUACCUGCGACGGCUACGAGUCUCCCUUUAGACUUGUUACGAGCCAACCCACUCACAGCCCUCAUACUGGUAGCACGAAGCCAAGUGCGGGCUCACUUGUCACCCGGCACACCGUGAUUGAGAUCUCCCCCAAGGACAUCGAUCUCCUAAGCCGUCACUUCUCAACCAAGACCAUAUUUAACGUCAAACUGGGUUGCGAUGAAGAGGCCAGGCAAGUUCUCCAAGCUAGCCUGACUGACCCACCAAUACAACACGCAGUUUCGUCCCUUCGAGCUCUCCGGGAACAUCUUGAGGCUUCCGGAGAUCUUCCGAUGUCUCUUGGGCAGCGACAUCCGAGCUAUGGCUCUGACUACGGCCUGCAGCAAUAUUGCAUGGCCCUAGGGGGUCUCGCCUCCAGCCUGUCGUCUCCAGGAUCCAACGGACUGAAGUCGGCAUUACUUUGCUGUCAGAUCUUCAUAAGUAUUGAGCAAGUUCGAUGGAAUUUCACUGCCAUGGCCAGGCAUAUGAUUCAAGGACUCAGCAUAAUGCAUGAGUACCGGGCAAGGCCAACCUUUGCUGGAAACAGAUUAGUGCCGGCGCACCAUAGCCAGCUACCCUUGCUGGAUGUCUUUAUCAUCAAGAUGUUUGCUGCGCCAUGCAAGUUUGCGGAGCCUCCAGCAGCGGUCGAGAGAAGCAGAGUGGCGGUAGCUUACAAGGCUCGCAACAUCGACGCUUGA